AUAAGAAUCUGAGUUAAGUAUAUAAGGGAAUAUUUCUAUGACAAUCUCACGGAAACCCUGAGGAAUCAUCCCGUUUGCGCUUGGGCCAUCAACUUGGUGAUUCAAUCAUGACCGUGAAGGAAAAGCAAGCUCAAAUCUUACCCCUCUUCAAGAGGUUAACAGCUUUAUCACCAGAUCCACUGCCAGAAGCCGAAAGAGAUGCUCGCUUAAAAGGGGUUGGAGUUCUUCCCAGAGGAAGACUCUUUUCAUGUUUUCAUGAAGAUCACCUAGGGGAGGCACAGGCCCUUUAUGAAGCUCUCUAUGAGGCUAAAGACUUCAGCGACUUCAUUAAUCUUGCUAAGCAAGCCCGUGAUAUUGUUAAUGAAGGUCUCUUUGCUUUUGCUUUGUCCGUGGUUGUAUUACACCGAGAUGAUUGCAAGGGAGUUGUUCUUCCACCCAUUCAAGAAGUUUUCCCUGAUAAGUUUGUACCAGCAGAAACCAUCAACCGUGCCUUGAAGGCUGACAAACAAGGCACUGGAGAAACUAAGAUCAUUUCCAUCCAAAAAACUGGUAACAUUCUUGAUCCCGAGUAUAACCUUGCUUAUUUCCGUGAAGAUAUUGGUAUCAAUGCCCAUCAUUGGCAUUGGCAUUUGGUAUACCCUGCCACUUACCGACCAGAUUUCUUUGGAAAGGUUAAGGACAGGAAAGGAGAACUCUUUUUCUACAUGCAUCAACAGAUGUGUGCCCGAUACGAUUGCGACCGUUUGUCUGCUGGUCUGCGACGUAUGGUUCCUUUCCAAAACUUCGAAGAAAAGCUGGAAGGUUACUCUGCCCAUUUAACAUCCCUCAUCAGUGGUCUAAACUAUGCCUCUCGACCAGCUGGAAUGACCCUCAGAGAUAUCCGCGAAGUAGAUGUACAGGACAUGGAAAGAUGGAGAGAAAGGAUCCUCAGCGCUAUCCACACUGGCCAAGUAAUUGACAUGCACGGUAAGGAAGUACCUUUGGACUUGGAACGAGGUCUUGACAUUCUUGGUGCCCUCAUUGAAUCCAGUCACGAAUCCUUGAAUAAAGGCUAUUAUGGAACCCUUCACAACUGGGGACAUGUUAUGAUUGCCAAGAUCCAUGACCAUGAUGGACGAUUCAAGGAAAACCCAGGUGUUAUGGAUGAUACCUCAACUGCUUUGAGAGAUCCUAUCUUCUACCGAUACCACAGGUGGAUGGACAACAUUUUCCAGGAAUACAAACACCGAUUGCCAUCUUACUCUGCUAAGGAGUUGAGCUUCCCUGGCAUUCGCGUUACCAACGUCACUGUCAAUGCUAAGGUUCCAAAUCUGAUUCAUACCUACAGCAAGGAUGCCCUCCUUGAACUGUCCAAUGGAAUUAACCUUAAGAAUCAUAUCAAGGUUAAAUAUGAGCAUUUGGACCACGAACCUUUCAGCUACAGUGUAGGUGUCACCAACUCUACCGGAGCAGCUAAAAAGACAACUGUCAGAAUUUUCUUGGCUCCUAAAUAUGAUGAAUUGGGUAACAGACUUGUUUUAGAAGAUCAAAGAGGACUGUACAUUGAACUUGACAAGUUCACACAGACUUUGCAACCAGGAAAGAAUGUUAUCAGCCGAAAAUCUGUUGAAUCCUCUGUCACACUGUCCAAGGUACCCACAUUUGAAGAAUUAGAGAAAGGAGAAGGCCUUUCUGAUAACAACAAUGAAUAUUGCAGCUGCGGAUGGCCCGAACAUAUGCUUGUACCAAGAGGUACUCCAAGAGGAAUGGUGUUCCAUCUCUUCGUUAUGCUCACUGACUUCGACAUGGAUAAGGUUGAAGAUCAACCAGCAGCUGUUAUUUGCUCUGAUGCAGUAAGCUAUUGCGGAGCUAAGGACCAGAAAUACCCAGACAAGCGAUCUAUGGGCUAUCCCUUCGAUCGUCCAAUCAAGGCCAGAACACCAAGUCAGUUCAAGACCCAAAACAUGUCCUUCACCGAAGUCCGAAUCCAAUAUGGUGGACACAAAUCUGUAUAUAAAACCUCAGUUAUUUUGGAGGCAGGAGGCAGUCCCCAAGAAGCUUGCAAGUGUGUUUCUACUGGGCUAUUCCCUGACUCAAAACUCAAGAUGUCUAUCAAAGAAAAGCUGGACAAAUUAUUGCCUCUUUUUGAGAAGUUGACCUCUGUCACAAGACAGCAAUUGCCUCCAGACCAAAGGGAUCCAAGACUUCUGGGAGUUGGAGUUUUGCCCAGAGGUAGCCUUUUCUCAUGCUUUCAUGAGAAACACCUGAAGGAAGCCACUAAGCUUUUUGAGAUCUUAUUUGCUGCCGCCGACUUCGAUGAUUUCUUGAAAUUGGCUACUCAAGCCAGAGAAGUCGUUAAUGAGGGACUUUACACCUACGUUUUGUCUGUGGCAGUAGUACACAGGGAUGAUUGCAAAGGAAUCACAUUGCCUCCCAUUCAAGAAGUCUUCCCAGACAGAUUCAUUCCUGCUGAAACAAUCAACUUGGCUCAAAAGGAAGCCAGAAAUAAGCCAACUGAAGAUGUGGUUGUUGAAAUUGAAGAUACUGGUAACAUUCUGGAACCUGAAUACAAACUAGCUUAUUUCCGUGAAGAUAUUGGAAUCAAUGCUCACCAUUGGUACUGGCACGUUGUUUACCCAGCCAACUGGAAUGAAGAACUGACAGGAAAAGUCAAGGACAGGAAAGGAGAACUUUUCUACUACAUGCAUCAACAGAUGUGUGCCAGAUACGAUUGUGAAAGAUUGUCUAACGGUUUGAACAGAAUGGUCCCCUUCCACAACUUUGAAGAAAAACUUGAAGGUUAUGCUCCUCACUUGACAUCUCUCGUCAGUGGUUUGCACUAUGCUUCAAGACCUCAAGGAUUCAGUCUUCGAGAUCUUACUGAUGUUGAUGUUCAAGAUAUGGAAAGAUGGAGAGAACGUAUCCUUGAAGCUAUUGAUCUUCGCCAUGUCCACGACUCCCAAAACAAUGAAUUGCCUUUGGAUGAGACCAACGGUGCUAACAUUUUGGGUACCAUCAUUGAAGCUAGCUCUAAUUCACCAAACAAGGGCUUCUAUGGUUCCUUGCAUAACUGGGGACACGUAAUGAUGGCAAGAAUGCACGAUCCUGAUGGCAGAUUCCAAGAAAAUCCAGGUGUCAUGAGCGAUACAUCAACUUCCCUCAGAGAUCCUAUUUUCUACAGAUGGCACAGAUUCGUUGACAACAUCUUCCAACAGUACAAGGCCACUCUUAAACCAUACACCAGGGAACAAUUGACCUUCGCUGGUGUAAAAGUUGUAAGCGCUGAAGUCAAAGCUAAGCAAACCAACGUUGUGACCACAUUCAUGAAGAAUGAGGAACUUGAUCUUUCUCAUGGAAUUGACUUUGGAACUAGCCACAAAGUCAAGGUACGCUAUCACCAUUUGGAUCAUGAACCUUUCUCAAUCCUCAUCAAUGUUGAUAACAAAAGCGGUGCACCAAAGCACGCCACCGUCAGAGUUUUCUUGGGACCUAAAUAUGAUGAAUUGGGUAACCUGUUGGUUCCUGAUGAACAGCGAAGACUCUUCAUUGAAUUGGACAAAUUCCACAAACAAUUGGCACCAGGAGCAAACCAGAUCAGUCGAAACGCUAUUGACUCAAGUGUAACCCUCGCUCACACUUAUACUUUCGAUGAACUCAGAGCUGGCCAAAGUGGAUCAGAAGACGCCAGUGAAUAUUGCAGCUGUGGAUGGCCCGAGCACGCACUUGUACCCAGAGGAACACACAAGGGCAUGGAUUAUGAACUCUUUGUUAUGCUCACUGACUACACUGAGGAUAAUCCUGAAGGAGCCAAUGUUAAGACUAUUUGCAAUGAUGCUGUCAGUUAUUGCGGUGCUAAAGAUCAGAAAUAUCCAGACAAGAAGCCAAUGGGAUUCCCCUUCGACAGGCAUGUCUUUGCCAGAACUUCAGCUGAACUCCUGACUGAAAACAUGAUCCUCACUCCAAUCCAAAUCAAAUUCCUCGGUUAAGUCAAAUCAAACGGACAUUCAUAAUUGAAACUGAAGGACCAUACCCGUUUUAAUAAGAUUAACUUCAAAUUUAAAAAAUCAUAAUAACAUCUAGAUAUUGUACGGGUAAUGAUGUAAUAAAAAAGAUCUUAAAUAAAUUGGCAUUAUGUUUGA